AAAGAGCUCCCUGACGUCAGCCUCAGCCGCCGCUCUGUUUCUGAACUUCCUCGUCGUUAACACUUCCUGUACUUGAGCUGUUGCUUGUUAAUUACUUGACAUAAACCAACGAAAGCAGCGAGCGAAGGAAACUGAAGUGAGAAUGGACACUGAACAUGAGGUCGAUCUUCUAAUUGAAGAGAUUCGUCGCCUUGGAUCUACAGGUGCAGAUGGUAAAAUUAGGGUGAAAUUUGGAGUUCUGUUCGCCGAUGACAAAUGCGCCAAUCUUUUUGAGGCCCUGGUCGGGACCCUGAGAGCUGCAAAAAGGAAGAAGAAGAUCAGCUUCGCUGGAGAACUGCUACUUCAAGGAGUUCACGAUGAUGUUGACAUUGUCUUAGAAACUGAUUGAAGAUGGGCUAACUCCAGGUUGCAACCACAGCACUGGCAACACCUGAAAUCUCUGGAAUGAGUUUGUAACCAGGACUGAACUUGAAUGUGCUUUGAAACCUCAAGGUGGACAUUUUUUUACAUGUAAUUUAUAGUAAUGUUAAAAUCUUGGAUUUCUAAUUUGUGUAUUUGAGUUGAGUUGCUUUGGAAUCCACAGCAAUAAAAUAACAUUUGUCUGCCA